CCCCCCUAUGUAUAAAGUUGGCCUAUAGAUUAACAAAUAUCAAUAGGUUCACCUUCGUGGUUUGCCCUAUAUAAUAUCACCCCUCCCAUAAGUUAGUGUACCGGCAACCUCACCUUCAUUCUCUGCCUUCCGAUAUCCCUCCAUUCCCUGACAGCACAAUCCCAGAUCGCAGUCCAUCUCAAUUUAGCAUUAAAUUCAUGAAUUUUGGAACCAAGCAAAUCUUCUCUGUCCUGACAUAUCAACUUAAGCACUACACUCACCUUCUACAACACCACCGAACCAUAGUUAAAGUCCGUUUGAAAUGGGUGAAAAACCGAGGCCUAGAUCACAUCAUUGAUGUCCAAACAGACCUCAAAGCUGCUUGCCUUCUCAAGGAUGCUAUCAUACGCUCCCCCACAGGCUACCUUACCUCCAAGUCCCUUUCUGACUCCCAAAAACUCCUUGGUCUUACUGUCCCUACCCUCCGGUUCAUCCGCCGAUUCCCCACACUCUUUGAGGAGUUCCCACAUCCCAAGUAUCCAUCUUUGCCAUGUUUUAAGCUUACCCACAUUGCAAAAGUCCUUCAUGAUCAAGAACUGAAGGUGUUUGAUGAUUAUCAGAGUGAUUUGAUGGAAAGGCUAUCCAAGGUCCUCAUGAUGACCAAAAACAGAAUGGUACCUCUGCAAGCUCUGCAUUCGUUGAAAUGGGAUUUAGGAUUGCCUGAUGAUUUUGACAGGAACUUUAUUAAAAAGUUCCCAGAUGAUUUCAUGGUUGUUAGAGGCACAAAUGGUUUACCAUGUUUAAAACUUGUCAAAUGGCGGGAAGAUUUUGCCAUCUCUGAGUUGCAAAAGAUGAACGAGAAGGGUGAGUCUGUUGAUGACAAUAAUAUUGGCAGUAGCAAUACUUCUGUGUACAGGCAAUUUAGAAGUGGGAAAUCAGCAUUGGUAUUUCCCAUGAGUUUCCCCAGGGGUUAUGGUGCACAAAAUAAGGUAAAGGCCUGGAUGGAGGAGUUUCAGAAACUGCCCUAUAUUUCGCCCUAUGAAGAUUCGAGGGGAAUAGAUCCCGAUAGUGAUCUUAUGGAAAAGAGGGUAGUUGGUGUGCUACAUGAAAUUUUGAGCUUGACACUAUACAAAAAAACGAAGAGAAAUUAUCUAAGGAGCCUCAGGGAAGAAAUGAAUCUUCCACAUAGAUUUACACGUAUAUUUACGAGAUAUCCUGGGAUAUUUUACCUCUCAUUGAAGUGUAAAACAACAACUGUGGCAUUGAGGGAGGGGUACCGUCGUGGGAGACUAGCAAAUCCACACCCUCUUACUCGCCACAGGGAUAAGUUUCAUCAUGUAAUGAGGACUGGGUUAAUCUAUCGAAGUAAAGGAGUGGACAUUUUGCCUCAGCUAGACAAUUUGAUCGAUGAUGCAGGAGAGGAUAUCGGAGAAGGAGACACUGAUGAAGAAGAAAUUGGCACAAGUGAUGAAUGUUAUGAAGAUGGAAGUUCAGAGGAUGAUUGUGGUUCAGAUGAAGACUAGCUUCAAGCCUUCAAUGCUGUCUUGGUAAUUAAAGUCUUUUCUUUUCAAUAUGGGAUUGACUUUUUACCAUGGUAGUUUCUUUUUUUCUUUUUAUUUUUAGGUGAUGAGAGAAACGUGUAGCCGCUAUUUGAGGGUAUGCACGGGAUAAACCCCGCCUUGUAACCCUAGCUGGCAAAGCCAUGGUAGUUUCUUGAUUUAUGCAAUUGUAGUGUCUUAACAAUAUAUUAAGUGGGUUAGAUAUAUUAGUGACACCAUGAAAUGCUUCAUUGAAUGUGCUAAAGCUAGGAUAUCCUCUUGGUAGGUCUCUUGUCAACUUUAAAGUGAUUGUUUUGAAAUAAAUGAUCAAAUAAAAUAGUAGUUAUACAUAUA